AUGCGUCCCUUUAGACGGCCCCCCGCCCACCUUCCCCACUGCUCUCAAUGCCUUCACCGUUCCAUCAGCACCACCGCCACCGCAACCCGCAAGCGCCGUAAAGCCCGCGCUGCCCAGAAAACCAUAGACCACGACCUGCAACAGCGCGCCUCGAUCCUGCGCACGCGCAUUCGCGAAGCCCGUGUCGCACGCCGGGAAGAUUGGAUACUUGGCCCCUUAGCGCCCAGGAGAGAAUCAGGGGCAAUGGAGUAUGGGACUGUGUCGUCACGGGAGUUGAAGGGGGUGAAAGGGGGGUUGGCAAGAGGGCUCCUGACGCAGAGGGGACGGGGAGGGAUCACCGCUGCUGGUAAGAGGGGGAGCAAGGGGAAAGGGGUGGGUAUGAGUUGGAAGGAGAGCUUGAUUUAUGAGGGGGAUAGGGUGGCUAUUCUGUCGGACACGGGGCCGGAGAGUAGGGACAAGUGGAAGAUUGGGACGGUGACGAGCGUGAGGGAGAAGGAAAGGGAGGUUAUAGUGAAGGGUUUGAAUAAGGUGGACUUAAAUGUGCUCGCCGACGGUAAACCUGCCAUAAAGUCCAAGCGCCUCCCCAUCCCCCUCUCCUCCGUCCGCCUCGUCCACAACCUUCCCGACCCAUACACGCGCAUCGACACCGACAAAAUAAUCUCACGCCUCAUCCCUCUUCCCAAUGAAAAGAAAGCCGAAAUUCGAGAAGAAUUCAAAGCUGGGGAAAUUGACCUGGAAGAGAUGAAGACCAGAAUGGGAGGGCGCGCGAUACCUGGCAGCAAGGAAGUCUACGGGGAUUGGGUCGUGAUACCUCUGCCGAAAGCAAGGAGGAACAAGAAGGUGGAGACCAAGGAGCACGACAGCGACACCGUACGCUUCGAAGUCGAAGAAAAAACCUGGACACCCACCCUCCUCCGCACCCCGAUGCCCGGCGGCGUAAUCGACGAGCUCCGCAACAAGUACUCCCGCUUCCGCACCCGCCACGAUGCCGGCUACCAACUCGCGCUCGACAACCGCGCGCGGCGCAAGGCCGAAUACAAAGCGUGGGCCGAAAGCGGAGGAGGCAUGUUAAUGACGCCUGCAAAGGAGGCGAGACAGAUGGAGAGGGAGAAGUUGAAGGAGAAAGGGGAGCCGACACUGGAGAAGGAGUUGUUGGAGAGGAUCGGGGAGGUGAUGGCGAAACACGGGGUUGAGAUGACGGGGAAGAGGAGGAGGGGGAUGGAGAAGAAUUUGAGAGGGGAGAGGGUUGUGAAGUGGGGGUCUGAUGUGGAGAUUCCUGGGGAGAAAAAGGCAGAGCGGGCUGUGCUGGAGGAAGAGGAGGAUGAGGAUGACGAGGAGUGGGAAGAGGAGGAGGACGAGGUGGGAGAUGCGGUAAUCGAGGAGGAUAAGACGAGUGAAAAGCGGCCUACGUUGUAA